GACUUCCGUCCACCCUGCGGGAAGCUGCCACUACCUCCACUGUCACUCGAGCCACAGACUUACAAAAAAUGCUUUAGAUCAUCAUCCCCUGCCUGAACCACUAGAUGACAUUUACCCAGCUACCUCGGCCAUUGAAAGCUAUGAAGAAUUCUUGAGAGAAUCUGAAAUUUUGAAGGACUCAGAUUACCCAGAUAUUACUCCAACUGAUAAUGGAAGCUCGUGGUCUGCCAGUCAGAGUUACACAGGCACCUCCACUGAAGACAGCUCAGUCUUCUCUUGGGGCUAUGAUGAAUUUGAUAAAGCUGCCACACGACAAGUUCAGCAGAUGUUCAGACACAUUGAUGAGCUUUUAUAUGAACAGAAAGAAAGUGUGCAUGUUGAGGGUCUACAAGAAGAGUGUCAACAAUGGACAUCUUGCUUUCCUCAUCUCAGGAUUCUAGGAAAGCAGGUAAUAAUUCCCACAGAUGAAGGUUUUGGGUGGUAUUCAAGUUCACCUAGCAGCUUAGGUUCAUUGGAUGUCAGCCCAGUCCAAGAAAAAGAUUCUAGUGAGUUUAGUAUUUUGGGCAAGAGGAUUCCUCUGUGUGUUACUCCCAUUCAUAAAGAUGUUGACUUUUCAAAACCUCUUGCUAUUUGUUCUGUGGAGAGUGAAGAAGGUGAAGAUGGAGUAAUUGUCUCUGAAGGAAUAAUGGAGGAAUAUUUAGCAUUUGACUGCAAAGAUGUUGAUGAAGAGUUGCAUGAAAGAAAAAUGGGACUCUCCUCUGACAGACAGAAAUUAGGUUUCCCUCCUAUUUCUCCAUACUACUGCAUGAAGGAUGCUGUGUUCACAUGUGUGUUUGAUGACGUGUGGAAUGAAGUCCUAGGCUAUAUGGAGGAGUUAAUCUGCCGGCACUGGGAAGGAUCAGUCUCUGAUGAUGAGAAAAAUGUAACUGUAGAAACAAUGAGAAUGGAUCCUCGAAGUCCUUUUCUGCAAUCUGAACCUCUACCAUUGGUAUUGCCUCGAGUGCCACAAACUAAAAUGCCCUCCAUCACCUCAAAUUUGUGUCCACAACCCAGAUGUGUCCGCAAAACCAAAAAGAGGAGAAAAUCACCUCAAAUAAAUGUCUGUCAAGGAUCAAAUGGUGGCCCUCCACGAAAUCUGAAUGGUUUGAUGCUGAUACAUGGAAUCCACUUACAGCAAAGGAAUCUGCCUCUAAUAGACAAAAUAUUAGAUUUGGAUGACAAGCCUCUUCUGAGGCCAGGCUCCAGUUCUAUCCUCUCAACAAGAACUCGACCAAAUCGGGCUCUGGAGCUCAGUACAUCUUCUCUGUCAUACUCUGCUCAUUCUGCUAGAAGACGCAACCCACCACCACGUACCCUGCAUCCUAUCAACCCUAACCACUCUCGCUCUGGGACGCCAAGAACCAUAGAUGAAGUCAUCAGAGGAACACGACUCCCUACUGCACAUGACCAGUUGUUGUCAUCCUCCUUAAUGCCCCUGAGCCGAAAUAAUCUUCUGCCACCUAUUAGUACUGCUGAUGUGGUGGAACACUUGAACACCGUGGGAUCCCAAAGGCAAAUGAAAUCCCGAGGGAAUUCAAGUCGAGCUCAGAGUGCAAUGGCGGAUGAAAUUAACCAUCAGCAGCCACAGGAGAGGCUUUUCUUACCUGAUCAUUUCUCCAGGCCUAAUACAACUCAUGCAUUUUGGCCAGAUCCACAGUAUCACCGUUCUUGCACAGUUAUUGAUUAUGCUAAUCAACCUGGGACCAGUAGAGGAUCAGCAGGCACAGUAGGUCUUCAACUACAUGGUUCUGUGAGAGCUCACACCCGAGGUGGAUCAGUUACAAGAAGCAGACAAGGACUGUAAUAGGUAAUAAGGAUCUGUCCUUCACCAAGAUGCAAUGAUCACAUCUGGAACCUCCUGAAUCAGUGUUGAAUCUCAGCAAUAUCAAACUUGUUUACAGAAGAACUGAAGAUCCUUCAUAAAGAUCUUAUUUUUGUAUUUUUUUUUAAAGCAGCUGCCAAAGACUGUAGGGUACUUAGCACAUUUCAGUUUUCUUCCUGUACACCAAGCUUAGCUAUUCUGGUGAACACUAAAGCUUGUAUCCUAAAAGUCUACUAAACUUUCUGCUAAGCCAUUGCUAAUAUUUUCAUAUUAAAAAGGACCGUUAGCUCAGCA